UUUCAUCCGAGGACACCAAGGAAAAAAACCCCUCUUAUAUUUUAUGUUUUGAAAACUUUGGUUUUCGGGACGAAAGAGAGCCGAAUGACUACAUUCCCAAAAUUCGAGAUUGAACUGGGCUACUUUUUCCAUUCUUAACAAUAAUGGGGAAAAAACGUUAUAAUUCGAAGUCAAGAGCUGUUGCAAACGUGGAAGUUGAUAAUUCUACCACUAAAGAGAUUGUAGUGGACAUUGAGCAUCGCGCUGAGAAUUACGACAGUUGCAAUGCGCUUGUCCUGCCGACUCAAAAGAGAAAGACAAAAAACAUAGAUAAGAAGGUAACAACUACUCGAUUGUUAUCGAAGAAGCGCAGGAAACAACUAGAAAAAGUAGUAGAACGAAAGAAGAAAAAGUUACAGAGAGCAACGUUGUUAGAAGAUUUGGCAAAAGUACAAGCAUCUCCUACCGAACUGCAACAGUAUGUGAGCCUAACAUCCCUGCAAAACAAGGGCUUGAAGCGUCAUUUUCGAGAACUUGAGAUGCCUGUUGAAAAAUUAAAGCGCAAAGCGAAUGAGGAGGAAAGCGAUUUGAUAAAGUCUGUAAAUUCUAUUAAAAUGAGCAAGAAAAAAAGAUUAGCUAUUCUGGACGGUGUAAAACAAGACGAAGCUAAGCUUGAUCCAAAUAUAGUUGGGUUUGAGUCCAGUGAUAGUAGCAAAGAAGAAGAUAGUGAUAACGAAGAAGAAAAUGAAACACAUGUUCUUGAUAAUACUACUGGUUCUAAUGUGACAAGUGAAAAGGCUGAAAUAAAUGAAAAGAAAGAUGAGAAGAAUUUCACGAGAGAUGCGGAAAAGGAAACACUUUCAGCUAAAUCUCAGGAAUCUAAAAAAUCAGUGGAAGAAGUACAACAAAAUGUUCCCAAAGUCCACACGCCAGCUGUCUUUAUACCUGUAAAUAGAAAGCCGGGAAUACAAGCAGCCAGAUUGAAACUACCCGUUGUUGCGGAAGAACAAAUUAUAGUUGAAACAAUAAAUGAGAAUCCAGUAGUCAUAAUAACUGGAGAGACGGGAAGUGGGAAGACAACGCAAGUGCCUCAAUUUUUAUAUGAGGCUGGAUAUGCGCAAAAUAAAUUGAUUGGAAUAACCGAACCAAGAAGAGUGGCAGCGAUGUCAAUGAGCAAGCGUGUAGCUGAAGAACUGAAUCUUUCCGAAAGGGAGGUUUCGUAUCUGAUUCGUUUUGAAGGAAACGUUACGGAAGAAACGAAGAUCAAGUUCAUGACUGAUGGUGUUUUACUGAGAGAAAUUCAAAGUGAUUUCCUAUUAACCAAAUACUCUGUCAUUAUACUCGAUGAAGCGCACGAACGUAGCGUCUAUACCGAUAUUUUGAUCGGUUUAUUGUCGAGGAUUGUUCCGCUUCGUAACAAACGCGGCAAUCCUUUGAAACUGAUAAUUAUGUCAGCUACGCUGUCCGUGAAGGAAUUCGUAGAGAAUACGAGGCUGUUUAAGGUAAAACCACCGGUAAUCGAGGUCAAAGCGCGACAGUUUCUUGUAAAGAUACAUUUUAAUAGAAGAACAAGCAAGGAUUACGUUAAUGAAGCAUUGCGAAAAGCGAUAAAGAUACAUACUCGCCUUCCAGAAGGUGGCAUACUAAUAUUUUUAACAGGUCAGCAAGAGGUGCAUACUGUUGUGCGUAAAUUACGCAAAUCGUUUCCAUUGAGGAAAAAUAAAAAACCUCAAGUUAAAGUGGUGCAAGACUCUGAGAAAAAUGAAACGACAGAUGCACUGGAUAAAGAACAUAGCGAACAAGAAGAUUCCGAAGAUGAUUUCGAUGCCAAGGAAGCGUUGCGCCGUAAUAAACAGAGGCAGAAGAAACAGAUUAUACUCCCGACUAUUAAUCUCGAUGACUAUUUGAUAAAUCCUAUUGAUGACACACACGAGGAUUUAAUCAAUGCGCAGGACGAUGAAGAGAACUUUGACGAGGAUGAAGAUGAAGAUGAAGAUGUUAUUGAUUUCAAGGGACUGACAAACGUGCAGCCAUUAUGGGUCUUACCCCUUUACUCCCUUUUACCUGGGCACAAACAGGCUAGAGUGUUCGAGUCACCACCAGAAGGAUGUCGCUUGUGCGUGGUAUCUACUAAUGUUGCAGAAACCUCGCUGACGAUUCCUAACAUCAGAUACGUUGUAGAUAGCGGGCGUUGUAAAACUAGGCUGUAUGACAAGGUGACAGGUGUAAGCACGUAUCAUAUUAGCUAUGCGAGCAAAGCAGCGGCCACCCAACGUGCCGGCAGAGCCGGUAGAACUCGACCUGGUCAUUGUUACAGAUUAUACUCAUCGGCUGUAUACGACAACGAUUUCGAGGAAUACAGCCAGUCGGAGAUUCAGAGAAAACCAGUGGACGACUUGUUACUGCAGAUGAAGGCGAUGAAUAUAGACAAAGUCGUGAACUUUCCAUUUCCUACGCCACCAGAUGUGGUGCAGUUGAAGUCUGCGGAGAAACGGCUUACGAUACUUGGAGCAUUAGAACCGCCUUCGAAGAAACAGGAAGAGAUAUACUGCGCGAAAGUGACGCCGCUUGGACGCAGUAUCGCCGCGUUUCCGAUUUCUCCACGUUACGGCAAGAUGCUGGCACUGUCACAUCAGUUCAACUUGUUGAAAUAUAUGAUAUGCAUGGUAGCGGCUCUUAGCGUACCAGAAGUGCUUAUAGAAACUCGCGACAUGGAGGGUCCAACUAAGAGCAAAUGGUUGCAAACGCGCCGUUACUGGGCCGGAAUUGGCAAUAAUUUGCUCCUCGGUGAUCCAAUGGUUCUGAUAAGAGCUAUCGGAACUGCCGAGUACGCAGGAUCGAAGGGAAAACUGUUGUCUUUCUGCGAGGAAAAUGGUUUGAGACACAAAGCUAUGGUCGAGAUCAGGAAACUUAGGCAACAGCUCACCAAUGAGAUUAAUUUAAAUGUGCCAAAUCUAAAUUUAAUCAUUGAUCCCAAAAUGCCGUUACCAACCGACAUGGAAGCGAAAUUGCUGCGCCAGAUAGUCCUUGCAGGUAUGGUGAAUCAAGUCGCGAGAAAGGUUUCGCCCGACGAGAUAAAAGAGGAUCAGGAUAAGGCCAAGUGGAAACGCGCUUACAGAACACCAGAAAUGGAGGAACCUGUAUUCAUGCAUUCUUCGUGCGUUCUGCGGAAAAUCAGUCCGGAAUGGGUGGUUUAUCAAGAGGUGUACGAAACGAAUGGAAAGAUGUACAUGCGAGGUGUCACGGCGAUAGAACCCGAAUGGUUGCCGAAAUUCGCUCCCAUGCUAUGCCAUCUUAGUGAACCAUUGGUUGAUCCACCGCCAAGAUAUAAUCAAGGAACCGGGAAAAUCAUCUGCCGCGUGUCUGGUACAUUCGGAAAGGCCGGAUGGGCACUACCAUCGAUGGAUAUAGAGCAUCCAUUGACGGUGGACGGUGUCAAGUGGUUCGCGUAUUUCUUCUUGGAGGGUCAAGUGUGCCCUAAGCUGGAACGAUUUGUCCCGUCGCUGCUGACGACACCUGGGAGCAUCACCAAGUCAUGGGCCAGGUUGAUACCACGCACUCAAGCAAUAAUACAAACGCUGCAGUCGCAGGGAGUCGUGUCCAAAGACAAACUGGUAGAAAUCUGGGGUUCGGAUAAAAAAUUUCUGUUGUCAGCCUACCAGAAGUGGCUGCCGGAAUCCGCGCACGCAGAAGUGGCACAGAUAUGGCCGCCUCUCUAAUUAAGAUUAAAACAUUAGGAUUGUAAUUAUAUAUAUACAGUUUUUAAAAUAAAUAAAUAAUUUUAUAUAAUAUGAAAAAAAAA